CCAAUGCUUUACUAGCGCAGACUUAAAAAAAAAGAAGGGGAAAACUGAGAGGAGACCUAACCCCAAAGAAAACCCAAACCCUGAACGAAAACCUCACCUCGUCAUCUUCUUCUUCUUCUUCUUCUUCCAAAACCCUAACCCUAAUUAUAUUGUUCUGGUUAAUCGGAUCGGUGCUCUGGGCGAUUGGGAUUGGAAAGGGUAAGAGGAAGAAAGAGAGAAAGGAGAAGAAGAAGGACCGAAAAGUUUGUCUGAGAUUGAACGAUGUCUGCAGCUGUGUGCGGAAGUAAGAGAUCCUUCUUCGAAGAUCUUCCUCCAUCGCCUCCUCUUUCCAAGAGGCUACGUUGCUCUUCUUCAACCUCUCCCAUUCGCUUCUCGGCCCCUUCGCUCCUUGAUCAACUACAGGCCGUCUUUCCUAACAUGGACGCCCAGCUUCUUGAGAGAGCCUUGGAAGAGUGCGGAAAUGACUUAGACGCUGCCAUCCAGAGCCUGCGCGAUCUUUGCCUACGAUCAGAGAAGAACCCAGAUUCUACCGAGAUACCAGAUGCACCUGUGGAGAAAGUUGUAGCAGGUGUCAAUGAUGGAGGUGUUGCUGUUUCUGAAACUCUGUCAGCUCAACUUCCUGUGGACGGUGCAGAAUGGGUUAGCUUGUUCGUCAGUGAAAUGAUGAAUGCCACCAGUCCUGAUGAUGCGAGAGCCCGUGCUUCUAGGGUACUUGAGAUUUUAGAGAAAUCCAUAAGUGCCCGUGCUGGUGCUGAGGCGGCCCAAACUUUUCAAAAGGAAAAUAUGCUGCUGAAGGAACAACUUGAUGGACUUAUAAGGGAGAAUACAAUUCUGAAACACGCUGUGGCUAUCCAACAUGAACGCCAAAAGCAAUAUGAAGACAAGAAUCAAGAAUUGCAGCAGUUGAAGCAGUUGGUGUCUCAGUAUCAAGAGCAGUUGAGAACUCUCGAGGUGAACAACUAUGCCCUGACAAUGCAUUUAAAGCAAGCUCAGCAGAGCAACUCCAUUCCCGGACGGUUCCAUCCUGAUGUCUUCUAAUUAAGAAAUCCAAGUCUUUAUCGUUUUCGUCAGUAGAAUGAAUGCUGCCCUGCCUGCCCAACCCUCCUUUCACAUUGUGUCUGUUAAGUGUGUAGCGAAUGUAGAUUGAGGCUCUGUCUUUAUGUCUUUUAACCAAAAUCCCCAGUUCAAGGCCGACGCUUGAAAGGCUCACUCAAUCAUCCCCACACCCUUCACUUUCGUGUGGAAUGUUAUAGUAAUCAGCCAAAUUUGUCGACCAGUUUCGAAGUUGCAUGAGUAGAUUCUUCUUUCCUGUUAUAUUUGGUGAGAUGUGUUGUAUCUUAUCUAUUAUUGUGAAAUUAUUAUUAUUUAUUUAUACAAAUUUCAAGAGGGUUUUUAUUAA